AUGUUGAUGAUGGCACAGUUCUUGAUGAUCAAUCAAGAACUCCCAGUAGCACGCAGUCAACCAAUAUUAGAACGCGUAAAAACAUCGGAUGAUUUAUGUUUAAUCAAAUGUCUUCGAAUACGUAUUGAUCUUGGACUUAUUCUGUGUGAAAUGUGUUCAACUUUCAAAAAUGAAGCACCAUCAAGUAUAAUCCGGGAUGUUAAGGCUUCAUUUGGACAUUUUGCUUUUGUCAAACAAUUGCGAGAUCAGCCGAUGUCACGUGAAUUUCGUAAUUUCAAAAGUCAUCUAAAAACACAUCUAGAAAGCAAGCUACAUAUUUGGUGCAGCGAAGAACAACUAAACAGAAAGCAAUAUUUUGAAGAUUUUUUGAAAAAGAACCGUAUUGCUGGAAUGAACGUUGGAAGGUGUGCAUUAUUUUGUAUUAGAAGUGGAUUAGGUGGCUUAAAAUUUGAAGAGAGUUUAAAUCUGAUGGACUUAUGUGGUGCGCCCUUGGUACUUAUCGAAACACCUAAUCCCAUAACAAAACACCGGCCAGCUUUUGCUAUUACAGUUGACAAAGCAACAUUUCUUCGACGAUCGGUUCAAAUUUCAAUGAUACUAACGAUAAUAGAUGGAGAAAUUACAUCAAUAUAUUUAAAAGCGCCAUUAUGUUUGACUGAAUUAACUGGAAAAGGACUAGCAACAAAUUGUGUUGAAGUGUUACAAACGUUCGGACUGUCACAGUUCACUCUGCAGCAACAACUCGUUAGUGAUGCGGUGGAUGGGGCAUAUCUUCACUUAAACAUUGAUAAACAUUUAUGUGAUGAAAUUGGAAUGAAUGUUGAUUGGUUAUGUUUUUCAUGGGAUCCAGCCCAUUUAAUUGAACUUGCUGUUAAUGAUUUAAAGAAGAAAAGAAGUUAUAUGUGGUUAACAUCAUUCAUAAAACUAUGUUCAAACUUAAUGAAACAAUACAGUUAUGGGAAAUCAUAUGAACAACUCAUUGAAACAGCGGAUGAAUUGGAUGAAGAUAUACUUGAUCCCAAACGAUUUCACGAAACCAGAUUUGUUAGUUCGAAGACGAGUGUACGAAACUAUUUUUCGAGAUUGGGCUGUACUUUAUGA